ACUCAUUCAACACACAACAACAACAACAAUCAGAUAACACACAUAAUUUUACUGCCACACAAUGAUGCUUUCCAACAAUCAAGAUAUCAGCACUCAUAGAUAUUUUGGAGAUAAUGAUGAUGAGGAAAAUUCAUCAUCUUCACAAUCACCUCCAUCUACAAAUCAACAACAGGAUAAUAAUUACUUUUUCUCUUAUGGACGUUCAUCGUCAUUGAUUUCUCAACAAAAUAAUCAUAAACAUCAUUCGAAUCAUCAUUCGAAUAGUCAUCAUACCUAUAAAGUGUUAGUGAGUGGAGGAGGUUUUGCAGGUUUAGUCUUUUCCUAUUAUUUACUUCAUUCAUUGAGUCAUAAACACAACAAUUUACCAAUCGAAAUUACUAUUGUAGAGAAGGCUUCAGUGUAUAGACAAGUAGGUGCCAUCAUAACACUAGAAGGAGAACAAGUUAUAAGAGCUCUCAAAGAAAUGAAUCUAGAAGAAGAGCUCCAUCAAAUUGAAAUUCCAAGAUCCAAACAACAUUUCUACACCAAGAAUGGACGUCACGUAAGAAGUUUUGAUGAAUCUUCAGUUAUUAAAUAUAAAGAAGAAGGUAGAAGAUAUGAAAGACAUAAAUUUCAUGAGAUUUUAAUGAAGAGAAUUAAACCAUUAAUAGUCCGACGAGAUGGAAAUUUAACCAUUCUUUCCAAUGCUAAUUUACAUUCGAAUAGUUCAACACCUUCUUCAGAUGAUGAACUUUCCGAUGAUAAACAUUUCAAGAUGAAUAGAGUAAUUUACAGUAUGAGACCAAGUUUAUUUAACAAGGAAAAGAUUGAAGUUACUCUAAUGAAUAAGAAUGAUUGGUUGCAUUUACAAUAUCAAAAGGAACAACAAGAAAAUAUUCAAAUGAAGAGAUCAAGUUCAGUUUGUAGUGUUAAUUCACCACUUAAUACUAGAAUUUUGAAUGAUAUUUCAAAUUUAGAAAGGAAGGAUAGUCCUACUAAUAGACUUUCAAAACUUCACAAGAGAAAGUCAACUGGUUCUUCAGGAGAUUUGCAACAAAUGGAAGAGGAAGCAAUGAAAAAGAGCUCAACAACAACACCAGCAGAAAUUGCAACACCAAACAGUGCAGGAAAGGAAUCAGCAGGUUGGAGAAGAUUUUUCCAAAAGAAGGAAUCAAAUGCUCAAUCUCCAUCACAAAAAACCAAGUCCGAUAGUUCAAGUAACAUUUUACUUGAAGGUAGUCCAAUGUCUGCUCCAUUGAAUACUAUCAAUGAUCCAAAGAGAACUUCAAUGAAUGAUUUACUUGUAACUUUCAAUGAAGGUGAUUCGUUUGAGAGUUCAGUUUAUCAAUCGACAGAAGAUCGUAAAUUAUAUCAAAUAGAAAGAGAAGAAUAUGAUCUAGUGGUUGGGUCUGAUGGUAUUCACAGUCAAACUAGAGCACUAAUCUUUGGUGAUGAGAGCAAUUUUAAACAUUUUUUGGGAGUUGGAUACUUUUGCUUUAUUGUUGACAUGAUUUUGACAGAGGCAGAUGAGCAACAAGUGAGUGAAAAGUAUUGGAAUAAUGUUUAUGGAUCGGAGAAGAAGUCGACAGAAUCUUUUGACCCAACACAAAUUAGUGGAAUUAAGGGAUUAGAACCAUUGACACCCGACAGAAUUGCCAAAAUGAAAGAAGUUUCUAAGAAACUUGCCGAGUUAAUCAAAGAUGGAGAAUCUAGCUCAGUUUUGUUAAAUCAUGGACGUUAUAUGAAUGUGCUGAGGUAUGGUAACAAGCUUUCAGUAUCAUUGGUGUACAGACAACCAAAAGAAGAGGACAUGUUGAAAGAAAGCUCAAGUUACACUGUCAGUAAGAGUAAAUCAUUUGUAGAUGAUGCACUUAUUGAUUCACCAAAUGAUAGCAAAUCACCUUCAACUCAUGAAAAGUGGAGAAAGAGAUUUUCUCUAUUUAGAAAACAUACCGAAUCUCCAAUCAAGAAUGACUUGGCUCAAGAUCCAUCUUCAUCUGCUUCAUCUUUAACAAAUCAUUUCUACUCAUUCGACAUUAACAAGUUUGAAGAUCAUCAUGACAAUGACGAUCAAAGAUCAGUUACUCACUCAAGUGACAGCUCUGAAGAUCAUGAGGAAGUAAUGGAGGAAGAGGAUGAGGAAAUUGCUGAAGCUUUUAUGGAAAUGGUUAACGAGUCGAUGGCCAACAGAGAAUCAGCAAGCGUCCAAAACUUGGAAGAAAAAUGUGUUACUCCAAACUCAAACAACAGCAGCAGUUCACCAACAAGCAAUGACGAAAAGUCUCCAAAUGAAAAAUCAGAAAAGAAACAAAAGAAGAAAAAGGUUGAAAAGUCACACCACUCAAAGACUUUCUUUAUUUCAGCUGAAGAUAGAAAGAAUUUCUUAAAGAACAAGUUUGAUGAUUGUGGAUUCUUAUUCCACGACAUUAUGGAUCUCGUUUUUGAUAGCAGAAUCAUUUACUAUGACGAUUUGGCUCAAAUUAGAAAUUUAGACAAUUGGUACAAGGGCAAAUGCGUACUAGUUGGUGAUGCUUGUCAAGCUUGUACUCCAUUGAGUGGUAAAGGUGGUGCUUUGGCCAUUGUUGCUGCUAAAACUCUUGCUUUGGAAUUGAGAAAUGUUUUAGAAACCCAUGCCUCGACAGAAGGUGAAGAUAAUUUACAUACAAUCCCAUUGGAGAAGAGUAUUUAUUUCGAUAGUUGCUUACAACAAGCUUUUGAAAAGUAUGAAAAUGCAAUGCAAGAAAGAAUUAAAACAGUUCAAAAGAAGACUGUUUGGGAAGGUGUGGAUGUUUAUCUAGCAAAAUCAGGAGUUAAAAGAAUGGUCAGAGAUGGUGCUCUCAAAUUCCUUCCAAAGAGUGUACUUCUCAAGUUGACAAAGAAAGAGGAAGAACAAGGAAGUACAAUUAUUGUAAAAAAGGAUGAUUAUUAUCAUUCGGAGGACGAGGAUAGUGGUGAUGAUGAGCGAGAGGAGGAAGAAGAUAUUUAUUCAUCAAUUCAUGUGAAAUUUUUCACAUGCGCUAAUGAGCCAGUUGUCUUGCAUCAGAAUGUGAAAUUAACAAGGGGAGUUGGUCAUUAUUAUUUGGCAAGGGAAUUGAACGAUUCCUCAUUGGAAAAAUUGGUUGAAAUUUCGCAGAAAAGAAUAUUUGAUAGCUCUUUUGACAAUUUAUUGUUUACAAUUAGGGGAAAUUUUCAAAUGGAGGUAUUCUUUAGAAUAAUGUUAGGAAUUGCAGGCGUUAAGAAGAUAGAUCGUUAUUUGGAUUGCAUUCUGAGUUCUUAUGAGUAUGCUAAAAAUCCACCACCCCCUCCUCUUCCACCACCUCCACCUCCACCCCCUCCAGUCAAUCAACAACCAGGUAAAAAGAAGAAAAAGAAUAAUAAUCAAAAUCAGCAACAGCAGCUUCGUGCACCUGUUAGUUAUUUUGGAAAUGAGAAAUUUCGUGAGGAAAGGGAUGGUGUGGAUUAUCGUUGGUGUCCAUUAACGCAUCAAAUUGAUUCCUUAAUUGAUUUAAUGAAAUUUGGAGAUGAUUCUCAACACACUGAAAAUAUGGCCAAAUAUGUAAUGGAUUUAACUUAUAGAUCGGUGGCCUCUUUCUCUGUUUCCUCUGAAAUUGCAACCAAAUUCUGUUUACCACAUAUUGCAAAUCAAUUCAUUUCAGGAAAAUGUUAUGAUAAUGAUGGAGAACAAACCUAUAUAGUAACCUUGAGAAAGUCAAAUGGUGGAACGUUUAAACUUGUACAUUUUAGACCUGAAAAAGAUAGUGAUUCAACAAACCCCUACGAAUUCUUCAAGAUUCAUAUUUUAGAUCCAGCAGAAAAUAUAUUUGAGAAAGAAUGCUUUGGCUCUGAUGAUUGUCUUGUGCAAAAUGCAGUGCAAAAACACAUCUCAGGACUUGAGGAACUAAGUUUUGAGUCAUUGUGUAAUUCUGUAAUGUGUAUUGUAUUUCUUAGAGGAUACCUCAUUAAUAUUAGAAAGGAUGAAAAUCCUUGUGAAUCUGUGAUGAAUCAAUCUGUUUGGGAAAAUAUUGAAAUACCAACAAGAAGAAGAAAGACUCUAUCUGCUUCAAUUGAACCAGCACAAAUAGGGGAUGUUGAAGAUCUUGAUCCUCUUACAAUAUUUUGGGUAGAUGAGGAACCGACAACUCAUCAUCAGUAUGGAGAUGUAGCCGAAACAAGAAAUCCAAAAAUCAAAGAUCAAGUGUAUGGUUUUGUUUUAGAUCUCAUUGCAGAAUAUAGAUCAAUCCAGAGAGACUCAAUAUUUUCGCAGAAAUAUCGUGCUCUGCAAGAUUCUAUGAGAUUUUAUUCAGAUGGAAUUGGUGAUGUCUACGAUUUUGAAUAUAAGGAAAAGAAUUUAUACUAUGUGAAAGGAAAGUACGAUUUCCACUAUUGUGCUAUCGUUUGUGGGUUUGAGGACAUUGUUAUUUGUGGAAAGGCUGCUGGUGAAAUAUUCUAUUGGACUCCUUUUUGUUAUUUUAGAUCUGGCAAGAAAGAGGAUAAAGAGAAGUGUACAGACGAUGAGGAGAAGCGUACAGAUCAUGAUGUCUCGCAUCUUGAACCACUAAAAGAACUCAAAGAGGUUACUUUUGACAAGGUGUUGGAUAAUAUUGAGGAAUUUUUUUCUCAAUUCAUGUAA